CAACAAUUAAACGGAACGUCAGAAGAGAAACGGGCUGCGACGUUACCGGGUCGGAGUGAUCGGUGCAAAAUGUUUGAAAAUGGAAAUCAGGAGAUGGCUACUCUGUGUGGUUGUUAAUUGUGUCAUCGUGACGCACUUAGUAGCUAAGCCAGUCUCGCUGAAUGAGCUUAUCGCCGCCGAGAGAAAACAAAAGCAGGAGCAACAUACUAAACCCUCAGCAAUCAAGCGAUCAAAAACCGUGUCACUCAAUGAACUUUUAGCUGCAGAAAGUAACCAACACAAACAGGAAGAUAACUCUAAAAUUACUAAAUCUGAACCGAGGCGCGCUAAGACUGUAUCACUGAACGAACUUAUUGCCGCAGAAAGCAAACAACAGGAAAAGAAGUCGGUGAAUACUAAAUCAGGUAUAGCGCACUCGGCAAAGCCCUUUUCUACAAAAGAAAGUUCGCCAUCAGAAUCACGACAAAAUUUGGAAAGAUCACGUUUUCCUAAAAUAUUGGCUAAAAUACCCCGAAGAAAACCAUUCUUCCUGAAAGAUCUAUUCGCUACAGAAAAAUCUUCAGCCAAACACAGGAUAGGAAGUCUUCUAUCGAAGACUCCAGGCGGAGGACUUCGGUUGCAUAGUGGUAAAUUUCUACCAUCCUUAUCUCAUAAGCCGUUCGAGUCCGCAGAAAAUAUAUUCUCACUCGCUAGGACCAUAUCUCCUCUACAAUUCAGAAAGAGGUUUGAAAUAAGGUCUCCUCUAAAACCAAGAAAGAUUAAAUACUCCUUCACACCCCGCAACAAGCGAAGAAACCAAUCAGCAAAACGAGAAGCUGACGACAAUGCAGUAUUCAAUCACCGGUACAUACCGCUCAUUAGGCGGAUUGGUUUGCUUGUGGAUGGUAUUCUUUCCCCCGACUCUAGCGAGUCUGUCAAGCCCGUCCGCCGUAGAAAACCAAGACGCAAUCAAAGGCUAUCCGGAAAAGACGCCGAUCUUGCAUCCUCAGAAUCUAAGCCGCAGAAAAAGACAGUUGCUGCUCUCACUACUGUCCCCCCGCAGACCACUGACACCGAGGAUCCCACGACUGAAGCUUCCGACGCCACAACCAAUACUACUCCCUUUAGUGACAUCUACACUCUCCGACCACAUACGGACCUACCAUUACCAUCUACAGGAAAUACCAGCAGCGAUUGGGGAGACGAUAAUGGAGUCAGUGAGAGAAGCAGCACCACAUUUCACGGAGACAUUGAGAGACAUAUCGCCCGGUAUAAUGGAAGUGAUGAAUAUAAUUCCAGUGGACGAAACGAAACCUAUUCACCAUCUAAUGAGGAAGAUUCCUCUAGCCCUACACGAGUCGAUAAAUGCAGCGAUGGACACGGAACCGGAACUACCCGAAAUCGAAGUAACAACAAAACAGAAGAGGAAACAGAAACCACAACCCGUAGCUUCGUCAGAAGAAAUGACACUGACGCAAAAGCUACGCUCCAAAUUGGGGGAGAAACGCUACAAAUACCAAGAAACGUCCGAAGAUUACCAGGACUACCCGAUAAAGUCUUUAUUGUUGACGCAGAACCCGUACCGGCCCAAAAAUUUAGUGAAGAAAGCUUCGUCAAUGUCGCACACCAUCACGCCAGUACUGAACGAGGGACUGACGGGAAUGGCACAGAUCCCGCAGAAGAUAAAGGAAUUCGUCAAGUCAUUCAAGGAUUGAUACCGAUCAAUGACAUAAUUGACCCUUUUCUGAAACAACGUACUCAAGACAAUCAUGUUGUGGCCAUUUUUGAUGGAUAUAGCAUGGCUAGGGAUAUUAACGGUAGGAAUAAACUUACCGAAAAAACAAUCCGAAUUAGUCCUAAUUAGUAUUACCUAUUCAUGAUUGUUAAUUUAAAAUAUUUUUUGGGGUCAAAGACACAUGUCCGUAGUAUUAUUAGAAGUAAUAAAUUGAAAUAGAUAUCAUACACGAAAUAAAAAAUGGCAAGGCCCACUGGUGGCCGAGCCGGGAAUCGAACCCGGGUCUUCAGCUUACGCGGCUAACGUCUUUACCACUAGACCACAC